AUGACGAUUGCCUAUUCUGUAUUUGCUCCAGUGAAGAAUGCUAGCAAAUUUCUCCCUUUUCUGUAUAGAAUGAUGCCAAGUGAUAUAGUUCAAUAUUCAGGAAUUGUACAACUUCUUUUGCAUUUCCAGUGGAAAUGGGUUGGGAUCAUUGCAACAGAUGAUGAUGAUGGAGAAAAAUUUGUACAGACCUUAACUCCACUGCUCUCUCAAGAUGGCAUCUGUCCAGCCAUCAUUGCUAAUAUACCAACAUUAUCUCAUUAUUUAAACUACUAUAACUUAUUGAUGCACAUAUCACCUGAAUCCAUGUUAUUAACUUCAUCUGAAGUUAAUGUGUUUGUGCUACAUGCAAAUCAUAGAAUGAUAACAUGUAUUAAAUGGUUGAUAUAUAUGUAUAAAAUCCUGGAAGACAAUGACUCUAAAUCAGGAUUAGAUCCUCGUUCAGAUAACAAUGAUCAAUUCAUCCAAGUUUUCUGGCAACAGGCAUUUAACUGUUCAUUUUCUGAUCAUAAUGAAAAAGAAUGCACUGGGAAAGAGAAAUUGAGCCAUUUGCCAGGAGUUGUUUUUGAAAUGAGCAUGACUUCUCAGAGCUACAGAAUUUACAAUGCUAUUUAUGUCUUAGCAUAUGCUUUGCAUGAGAUCUACAAACCCAGGCCACAAACAAGACCUCUAUAUAAUGGACAUUAUCUGGAUCAGAAACCUUGGCAGAUCCACCCCUUUUUGAGGAGCAUUACUUUUAAUAAUAGUGCUGGGGAUAUUGUGUCUUUCAAUGAAAAUGGUGAAUUAACAGCUGGAUAUGAUAUUCUAAACUGGGUUAUUUUUCCAAACCAAUCCUUUGUAAGAGUGAGAGUAGGAAAGAUGGAUCCACAGGACAAAGAACUCUUCAUUAAAACAAAUACCAUCACAUGGCAUAGUUCAUUUAACCAGGUACAACCACUUUCUCUCUGCAAUGAGAACUGCCAUCAGGGUUACCACAGAAGAAAAAAAGAGGGGAAGCCAUUUUGCUGCUAUGAUUGUGUCCCUUGUGCAGAUGGAAAAAUUUCAGAUCAGAUGGACACAGAUGAUUGUUUCCAAUGCCCAGAAGGUCACUAUUCAAACAAAAACAAAGAUCAAUGCCUUCCAAAAAGAAUUAACUUCCUCUCUUUCACUGAACCUUUGGGGAUCACAUUAAUCUUUUUGGCUGUGAUGUUAUCUGUAAUCACAGUUUGGGUCCUUUGGAUAUUCACAAUACAUCAGAACACUCCCAUUGUCAAAGCCAACAAUCGAGAUCUAACUUACUACCUACUUAUAUCUCUCCUGCUGUGUUUCAACUCCUCAUUCUUGUUCAUUGGCAAACCACAAACUCUGAUCUGCUAUUUGCGACAAACCACUUUUUCCAUCGUUUUUUCAGUAGCUAUUUCUUGCAUAUUGGCCAAAACUGUCACUGUGGUACUUGCUUUCAUGGUCACUAAGCCAGGAUCCAAAUUGAAAAAAUGGAUAGGAAAAAAACUGGCCAACUUCAUUCUUCUUGCCUGCUCCCUGAUUCAAGUUGGGAUUUGUGUUGUAUGGUUAUGGAUAUUUCCUCCUUUCCUAAAUUUUGACUUCCAUGCUCUGGCUGAAGAAAUUGUGGUGGAAUGCAAGGAAGGAUCAGAUGUCAUGUUUUAUUGUGUUCUAGGUUACUUGAGUUUUCUAGCCAUUAUUAGCUUCACUGUGGCAUAUUUUGCAAAGAAACUGCCUGACAUUUUCAAUGAAGCCAAAUUUAUCACCUUCAGCAUGUUGGUAUUUUGUAGUGUGUGGUUUUCUUUUAUUCCCUCUUACUUGAGCACCAAGGGAAAAUACAUGGUGGCUGUGGAGGUCUUUUCCAUCUUGGCUUCUAGUACUGGAUUAUUGGGCUGUAUUUUUUUCCCUAAGUGCUAUAUAAUUCUGUUUCAGCCUAUAUUAAACAGCAAGGAUCUGCUCAUUAGAAAGAAAUAG